AUGAUUUUAAAGGGAUAUCGGAAGGAAAACCAAUGUCAAGAGAAACGAGUGUUUCGUCCCACUGUGUGCCGAUGGGGCUAUUUUGCUUAUGGCCAGGACGGUUUAAGUUUAAAUCAAACAUCUUUAGAAUGUAAUUACCGACAAACAAAAUGGAGUUAUUUUAAAAAUACAAGUGAAGAGAGAAUCAGGAAGCUGUUGUUAUUUGUAUACGAGUCAAUAUAA